UUCCUUAAAGGUUCUAGCAGGGCCCGCAGGAACCAGCUCUGAUACUGAGGAGCUACAGCCUUUAGAGAUAAACAGGGCUUCCUGGGAGAAAAGAAGGAUUUGAAAAGUUACCUGCCACGAUGUCAGACAGAAGCCCCUUCGAAACGGACAUGCUCACCCUCACUCGCUUCGUUAUGGAAAAGGGGCGUCAGGCCAAAGGAACCGGGGAGCUCACACAGCUACUGAACUCCAUGCUGACGGCCAUCAAAGCCAUAUCCUCGGCUGUGCGCAAGGCUGGCCUGGCCCACCUGUACGGAAUUGCGGGAAGCGUGAACGUGACCGGGGAUGAGGUGAAGAAACUGGACGUGUUAUCCAAUUCCCUGGUGAUCAACAUGCUCCAGUCCUCCUACAGCACCUGCGUCCUGGUUUCGGAGGAGAAUAAAGACGCGAUUAUCACUACCAAGGAGAAGAGGGGGAAGUAUAUAGUCUGCUUUGACCCACUGGAUGGAUCUUCCAACAUCGACUGCCUGGCCUCCAUUGGAACCAUCUUUGCUAUCUAUAGAAAGACCUCAGAGGACGAGCCUUCUGAAAAGGAUGCUCUGCAGCCAGGCCGAAAUAUCGUGGCUGCAGGCUAUGCCCUCUAUGGUAGUGCAACCCUGGUGGCUCUUUCCACUGGGCAAGGAGUGGACCUUUUCAUGCUCGACCCGGCUCUCGGUGAAUUUGUCCUCGUGGAAAAAGAUGUCAAGAUAAAACAGAAAGGAAAGAUCUACAGUCUCAAUGAGGGCUAUGCCAAGUAUUUUGAUGCUGCCACCUCAAAAUAUGUGCAGAGAAAGAAAUUUCCUGAGGAUGGCAGUGCUCCCUAUGGGGCCAGGUAUGUGGGCUCUAUGGUAGCCGAUGUGCACCGCACCCUGGUCUAUGGAGGGAUCUUCCUGUACCCGGCGAAUCAGAAAAGUCCUAAGGGCAAGCUUCAGCAUCACCUGAUUCUGGAUGAUAGACCCUUUGAGAAUCUAAUGAAAGCACAAGAUAUGACUGCUUCUCGAAGAGUUUCAAAUGAUCUUCAGAAUGGAUUUGAAGAAAAGAAUGGGAAAGAAAAGGCUACAGAAAGCUGGCUCAACCACUUUGUAAGCUGAUUAGAGAGGAACUUGUUUUCUCUUAAAUACAGAUUUUACUCCUAUUGGGAAGGAAGGGGAAGAUAGUAUGAUACUGAGUUAGAACAUGCAGCUGACUGUCACCCUGAAUCUAAUGUGAUGUGUGUGUGUGUCUGGUGGGGGUUGGGGUGGUCAGGAGGGAAUCACAGCAUAAUCACUGAAAUAGGCCUUAAAAAGGCAUUGGGUUCAGCCCAUUUCAAUUUAAUUCCCCAGCCACUCCCCAGAUGCAGGGCAGACGCCUGCUAGUUCCCAUAGUGCUUGGUAGAAAAAGAAGGCCUUCCUCAGGAGAGGCUCAGCCCUGGGUCCACAGGCACAACCUGAAAAGCAGGGCACAGGCUGACCUUACCCUCCCCACAAUGCCCAUUUCUGCCUUCCACUGGGAGCCCUGGGGCAAGGGACACAGUAGCCUUGUUGGGACACUUUCCUUGUGUCAGACAUUACUGGGAAGGGAGAUGCCACAGUGGCCAACCCAGACAGACUCUGUCCCUGCCCUCAAGGGUGAGCGUGUAAGGAUAUGAAGCAAACCUCAGUGUGACAAACUGAAGAGGGCCAUGCAGGAUGCUACAGCAGUGCAAGCAGUGGACAUUAACUCAGUCUUGGGGACCAAGAGAAAAGGCCGUCUAAACCCCAGCAAACUACCUGGUCACGUUGACACUUGAGAUGUGGGGUUCUGCCACAUGAUCUCGAACACUGAGGUUAUCCUGAGAGGCCACCUAGUACUCUCCAGGUGACCUUCCGUCUCAUCUAAGCUGGACUCCUCACUAGCCAUAAGGCCUCACAUACAGAGGCUCCUGACCAGGCCUCAGCGUCAGUUUGCCUCACUGCU